CACGCAAACCUCAACUAUUACGGGACGAGACAACCAACCUCAAAGCAUGCUCUCCAAAUGUGUCUCCCUCCGUCCUCAGGCCACCCCUCCAAUCUGCAACACCCAAAAGCCCUCUUCUUAUUACUCCCCCACUCAUGUCUCCCCAUUCUCGGUCCCCAAACCCACCAAUCUCCGUCACGCCCUUCACCAUUCCUCCCCUUUACGCAACAUGAGAUGUUCCAGUUCCGGCAACCCUCUCCAGUUCGAAUUCGAUUCUUCCCUCACCAAUGACGACCUCCGGCCCACCACUCCCGCUGAACGCACAUUCUCUGGCUUGGAAUUGGCCACCCUCUGGGUGGGUCUGGUGGUGGGUGUCCCUUCGUAUUACCUCGCUGGCAGCCUCGUCGACCUCGGUAUGUCAUGGUGGCAGGGCAUAGCCACGGUGGUCGCAGCCAACGCUGUCCUUUUGGCCCCUCUGGUGCUCACCGGUCAUCCCGGCGCUCGCUACGGCAUAUCGUUCCCGGUUCUUGCGAGAUCAUCGUUUGGCAUCCACGGUGCGCAUAUUCCCACUCUUAUACGAGCUCUCGUUGGGUGUGGUUGGUAUGGGAUUGAGUCUUGGAUCGGUGGAGAGGCCAUCUUCCUCCUCUUACCAAAUUCAAUCAAACACACUCGAUUCUCUCAGAGUCUUGCUUGGCUCGGUAUCCCACUUGAAUUUGCUUGUUUUUUGAUCUUCUGGGUGGCACAAUUGGCCAUUGUGUGGAGAGGAAUUGAUGGGAUUCGAAAGCUGGAGAAGUACUCUGCUCCAAUACUCAUUCUCCUCACUUCCUGCCUUCUAAUUUGGUCUGGCAUCAAAGCUGGUGGGUUUGGUCACAUGCUUUCCUUAUCCUCUAGGCUAUCCAAUUCAGAGUUUUGGUCUCUAUUUUUCCCAUCUCUAACUGCCAACAUAAGCUUUUGGGCUACGGUGGCUCUGAACAUCCCUGAUUUUACUCGCUAUGCUAAGAGCCAAACUGAUCAAGUCGUUGGUCAGAUUGGGCUUCCCAUCUUCAUGGGAGCAUUUACAUUCGUCGGACUCGCAGUGACAUCAUCGACGAAAGUAAUAUUUGGGCAAGUCAUUUCUAACCCAAUUCAACUGCUUGGCCAGAUUGGUGGCUUCACCACGAUGCUUCUAGCCAUUCUUGGAAUAAGCCUUGCCACUAUCACUACAAAUAUUGCUGCUAAUGUUGUGGCACCUGCAAAUGCGCUUGUGAAUCUGAGCCCCUCGUGGUUCACUUUCAGAAGAGGGGCUAUAGUCACUGCUUUGCUUGGGAUUAUUUUUCAACCAUGGAGGCUUCUCAAGUCCAGUGAGAGCUUUGUGUAUACGUGGCUGGUUGGGUAUUCUGCGUUCGUAGGUCCUAUUGCGGGGAUUCUUUUAGCCGAUUACUAUCUUGUACAAUCGACCAAUUUGAGCAUCAGAGACUUGUACUCUCGCAGUCCUGAUGGAGCUUACUAUUACACAGGGGGUUUUAAUUUGGCAGCGAUGGUGGCUCUGAUUAUUGGGAUUUUGCCAGUAAUCCCUGGUUUCUUGCAGAAAGUUGGAGUUUUGACUUCAAAUAUUCCUGAAGCUUUUGCGGUGAUAUACAGCAACGCUUGGUUUAUCAGCUUCUUCUCCGCUGGAUUCGUGCAUUGGGUUCUAUCUCGUUUUACAAGAAAGCCAAAUAAAUAGAAUUCCUCGUUCCUGUUUCGCAACUUCUGUGAAAGAUAUAAUGCCAUGUAAUAUCAUUGGAUAUCACUGGAAAAAGAGUUACUCAGAGAGAGAGAGGGCCAGAUUUGGAGAAAGCAGAACUUUGAACUUGUAUUUAUAAAUUUGUCAAGUGUUAGUGUCACACAGGUGAAGGUUCUAUACUUGACAUCAGAUGAGAAACAGCAGAUUCAACGAGCUGGCAGUUAUUUAACA